UCAGACAUAUCGAGCCAGUCCUCAUCUUCGUGAAGAGCUCGAGCUAUUGCUGUCCUCGAGAUUGUCAAUUCGUAGACGGGAAUGAAAUAAGUUGUAAUGAAAACGGGUUAACCGAAGUAUUGUAACAGGGAAAAUACUAAAUAAGAAAAAAAUAAGAGAACAAUAAAACACGAAGGGUUCCAUAUUAGUUCGGCUGUUGAGUAUAAACUACCGAAAUCUAUAUAACAGUGGGCCAAAGUUCCUAAUACGAUAAUAGAUCGAUCGCGAUAAUCAUAUUUUAUAUCCACGUAUCGUUAUAAAGUCAUAUCACAUGAUUAUUCCGAUUCCGAUCUGAGGACAUAAAAAAAUUAAAUAAAUUAGCUAAUAAAGCCGGGCCACAGGCUCUCUGCAGAUACCCUGGAGAACGUCAACGUAGCGCUCUUCUUUUUCGGGAGUUUAUAAUUAAGAAUUCGUAACAAUGGUCGAAGUAUUGAUGGAGUCAGGUGGUCAAGAAGUUGCUGUAGCCGAUAGCUGUGAAUCCAGAGCCGAAGUCCCGAGUGAUUUGUCGCUAACGAUUACCGAAGCAACCGUUCCGCAAAUAAAAUUAUCAAAAAUUCAACAGUUUUAUGCCGGGCAGAGUGUGUUCGUUACCGGUGGUACGGGAUUCUUGGGAAAACUCCUCAUCGAAAAACUUUUGAGGACCUGUCCCGGAAUAGUUUCCAUAUACCUUCUCGUUCGCCAAAAAAAAGGCAAGGAUGUCCACCAGAGGACCGAAGAAAUAUUCGACGAUAUGCUUUUCCAACGGCUCAAAGAAGAAGUGCCGAAAUUCCGUCACCAGAUCGUACCAAUUUCCGGCGACUGCAGUGCACCUGGAUUAGGUUUGUCGCCAGCCGACAGAGCAACCUUAAUUAGAGAAGUUUCGAUAGUUUUUCACGGAGCUGCUACUGUCAGAUUUGAUGAAAAACUCAGACUUGCCGUUGCCAUCAAUGUACAAUCGCCAAAGGAAAUACUGGAACUUUGCCGAGAAAUGCCAAAGCUAAAGUCCGUGUUACACGUAUCUACAGCAUACGCAAACUGCCCCCAGGAGGUGAUUGAAGAGAAAUUUUACGAACCUCCAAUUGAGUAUAAAAAACUACUCACCAUCAUGGAAUGCGUGAAUGAUAAAUUGCUCGACGAGAUAACGCCAGAUUUGCUCGGUAAAUGGCCAAACACCUAUGCGUAUACAAAGGCGAUCGCUGAACACGUAAUCAGAGAAGAAGCAGGAAAUCUACCCGUGGGAAUGUUCCGUCCGGCUAUUGUCAUCUCAACGUACCAAGAGCCGAUUAGGGGAUGGAUCGACAACAUGUACGGUCCAACAGGAGUGGCAGCUGGGGCUGGAACUGGAUUGCUCAGAUCACUUCAUUGCGAUGGUUCCAUACAAGCUAACGUCGUACCCGGUGAUAUGACCGUUAACGCGAUGAUUGUAGCCGCUUGGGAUGUGGCCCAGGUUAAGAGAAAAAAUAGCAACAUCGCAGACCUACCGAUCUACAAUUUCUGCAGUAAAGACAACCCAAUAACGUGGGAUGAGCUCAAAGAAAUGUCCGAAAAACACGGUAUCGAAUAUCCCUCGAUCAAAGCUAUGUGGUACUAUAGCUUCCGAAAUACGAAGAACAGGUUACUUCAUCUGUUUUACGUAUACCUGCUCCAUCUUCUUCCAGCCCUCAUCAUCGAUGCCGCAACGAUAUGCGUUGGAAAACAACCAAGAUUGUUGAAAAUCUACAAAAAAAUUCACAAGUUUAUGACUGUGCUCAAUUACUUCACUACCCAAGAGUGGAAAUUUUCAACAGACAGAGUUCGUUCGAUGUUAGGUAAACUAGAAAUGGACGACAGACAAAAUUUCUCUUUUAAUAUACAGGAUAUUUCAUGGGAUACAUAUUUCGAGACUUAUAUUCAGGGCAUUCGACUUUACCUGCUUAAGGAUCCUGUCGAAACGCUUCCACAAGCCAAAAUCAGAUGGCAAAGAAUGUAUUGGAUUCAUCAAGGUUUUAAAUUGUUACUUUUCUAUGUGCUGCUGAGAAUUUCAUGGCUCGUAUUGUCCACGGUCUUUUCCAUCAUCUUCUAAAGGUAGAUUUAUCGGAAACAAAUAACAUCAACGCUUAUUUUACGAUUAUUUAAGCCUGGAUAUUUGCCGCGAAAGUGUUUAUAUGAUUUAUAAAAACUUUCGAUCACAUCCUCCACAGUUGUCAGACAAUGAGUUAGAGUUUUACCGAAAACUGGAAUACUAAAAAUUGAAAAAAAUAAAUCGAAAAAUAAUUGAAAAAGCAUCGAGACAGCUAUCGCGAAAUAUACACUUCAAUUGAAUGUUAGGUAUACAGGUAAUUUCGGGAGAGAUUGUCACAAGAUGGCCAAUGGACGCGGUAUUGUCAAAUUUUUUACUCUCAUUUGAAAGAUUAUUCAAAGAAUUGAAAUUUGUUUGUUGGUAAGAUUUUUGUAAUAUUUCAACUGCGAUAGGUAUUUUUUGACCGUUGGCUAUGUGGGCUUGCGACGAUAUCCGCCGGAAUUAUUCUAAACUACCCGAGUAAAGGAUAUGUUUUUCUUGUCAUAAUCAUGCUGGUUUUGCGGAGGUCCGUUUCAUAUAUCGGCGCAAUAAUGGCGUGCGAUGUAAAGUGAUGAAAAUAAUAGGAAUCAUUGUUUAUAUGUAUAGAAUGACGUCGAAAUCACAAGUAAUUUUUAUUUAUCUAGAAAGAGGUAUCUGAUUUAUAAGUAAAAAUUUUGAAAAGAAAAAACAAAAAAUAACUUUUAAUGUUGAUAAAUGUUUUUGUUACACGAUCGAUUUUACUAUCUGUUAUAACUUUAAGAAUAGAAAUAAGACUUGUUAAACUUUGAAUUGUAUACAAACUGUUUUUUUUUUCCUUCUGUAUACGCUCAUUAUUUAUAUCCAAUAAAUGUUUUAUAAGUAUGCAACCCAAA